AUGGAGCUGGUUCUUGGAGUUGAUGUUGGAGGCACGUACACAGAUGCUGUUGUUGUUAGUGGCAGAAAAGUAAUAUCGUCUUGCAAGCGUCAAACAACACUCAACAGGACUGAAGGCAUCGUCAGUGCUAUUAAAGGAGCUAUAGGAAAUUGCAAUUCACAGGAUAUAGUUAGAGUAUGCAUCGGUACAACUCACUUCAUAAAUGCUGUUGUUGAGAGAUCAGUUGAUAAAUUAUCUCGAGUUGCUGUCGUUAGACUCUGUGGACCUGCUUCAAUAGCACUACCGCCAUUUUCUGAUUUCCCUUCAGAUCUUUCUUCCCUAGUGAAAGCCAGUGUCCACAUGAUAUCUGGUGGCCUUGAAUACAAUGGAAGUUUUAUCAGCCAUCUUUCUGUAGAUGAGAUUAAAGAGCUUGGAGUUGAUUUUCUUAGUCGUUCCUCACCAGUUACUAAUAUUGUAAUAUCUGGUGUAUUUUCACCAAUGACUAAUCCUGAUUCCAAUCAAGAAGUAAAGGUUGCCAAUAUCCUUCACAGUGUUUCUGAUUCAUUCAGUAUUACUCUUGCAAGCAAGAUUGGUAAACUUGGGAUAUUAGAGAGGGAAAAUGCUGCUAUUCUUAAUGAGUCCCUAAAAGCAUUUUCAAGACGUACCAUCGAUGAGUUUAAAGCUGCUCUCCAGUCUCUGCAAUUAAAUUGUCCCUUCUAUUUGACUCAAAAUGAUGGCACUUUGAUAAGUGUAGAUGAGGCUUUGGAAUAUCCUAUUUUUACAUUUUCCUCUGGUUCAACAAACAGCAUGAGAGGUGCCAUGUUUUUAUCAGGUAAAGAGGAUGGAAUUGUUGUUGACAUUGGUGGUACUACAACUGAUGUGGGUGUUCUUGUUAAAGGAUUUCCAAGGGAGGCAUCAUCUCAAGUUAAGAUUGGUGGUGUCAAAACUAAUUUUCGAGUGCCAAAUGUUGUAAGUAUUGGGCUAGGAGGAGGAUCAUUGGUUGUAUCUUCUGACAAUUCUGGUGAGAUACAAGUUGGUCCAAAUAGUGUAGGAAUGAAUUUGACUUCUAAAGCAAUUUGUUUUGGAGGAGAUGUUUGUACUGCCACUGACAUAGCCUUAGCUGCAGGAAUUUGUGAAGAUAACAACUUGCCUUCAAAUAAGAAAAAAGAAAUAAUUUCCAAAUUUGGUGGUAUAAUCUAUCCUGCGAUGAGAAAUAUUCACCUAAAAAUUGAAGAAGUUAUUGAUCUUGUGAAGACAAACAAAGAAGAUGCAGUAGUCAUAUUAGUUGGUGGUGGAAGUAUCCUGGUAGACAUAAAGCAAUCCCUUAAAGGAGCUAUGAGGUUCAUUAAACCUCCACAUUUUGAAGUUGCAAAUGCAGUUGGUGCCGCUCUUGGGAUGAUAGCUGGAUAUUCUGAUAGUGUUGAGAGUUUAUCUGAAGCAAUGAAAAAAGUUAAAGUUGAAUUCCAAGAUAAACCUGAGAAUGAGAUUCGAGACGAAGCACAACGUAGACUUGUGAAAGAAUGUAUAGAUAAAGCAAUAGAAAAUGCAAGGCAAAAAGGUUGUCAUCCUGGGUCUGAGUAUGUACAUGAACAAUCUGUGAUGGAUGUGACAUAUGUUCCAGACAUGCUAAGAAUAUCAGUUAAAGUUAUUGGAUUGCUUAAAGAUCAACAAAAUCUGAAAGUUGAUGAUUUAGCGACUGAAAGCAAGGCUGUUCAAGACAAAAGUGUUUCUCCUAGUGCAUCUACAGACAGUGUUUGGCCUUAUCAAUGUAUGAAGGAUAUAACUUUGGACAAUGAAGCCAAUUUACCUCCACCUCGUGUCAAUAAAGAUACUGGUGAAUGGUUGUUAAAUGAGGUUGAUGUUGAAUGUAUUUCAAUUGGUGCUGGAAUAUUAGGCUGUGGAGGAGGUGGUAGUCCUAGUAUUGGUUGUGUUGCAGCUUUAAAUGCAUUGAAAGAAGGGAAGGAAAUAAAAAUAGUCAAUCCCUUCAGAUGUAAAGGAGGUGAAAAUUGUGAUUUAAUAGCAGCCGUAGCUUUUAUGGGUGCUCCCGCUGUUCUUUGUGAGAAGUUAUUUAAUGGAACUGAGACCACUCUCUGCCUUAAAACAAUGCAAAGAUUGUUAGCAGCAGGUUUGUAUGGAGGAGAGAAUGAUAUUGACAAACUGAGCAGUAAGGGAAUAAGUGCAUCAUUCUUCAAUCUUGAAAAUAAAAAUCAAGCAUGUAUCAUUGAUGAGUCCACACUUCCUGAAAUUACCUCAGAAACUAAAAGGGCAAGACAGAUUACUGGAUUGAUGUCAGCUGAAAUUGGUGGAAUGAAUUCAAUUGAGCCUUUAUUGGUUGGUGCUAAUAUGAAGCUCCCUGUACUAGAUGCUGAUGGCAUGGGAAGAGCUUUUCCAGAACUACAAAUGUAUGUACCAUUCAUGAAUGGACUGAAUUCUUAUCCUUGUUGUGUAGCAAGUGAGAAAGGGGAAAUUUAUGUAGUCUCACAUGUACACACUUCUAAAGAUUUGGAAGACAUCCUAAGGAUAAAAUGUGUGGAAAUGGGAAUGACUUGUGGUAUUUGCUUACCUCCUGUUACACUGGAUGAAAUGUUUAAGGAUUGUAUAAUACAUUCUUACAGUAGAGCAUGGCAGCUUGGAAGAUGUGUGAUGAGGGCAAGAAAAUCCCAUAGUAAUGUUGUCCAAGCUAUUACUAAGCAACAGAAUGGAAUUUUAUUGCUAACAGGAAAGGUAGUUGAUAUAGUAAGAGUAACUGAAGGUGCAUUUACUGGAAGUGUUUUUAUCAUCAAAGGAACUGGAUUAUAUUCUAUGUUUAGUAUUCAAAUUAAUGCAAAAAAUGAGAAUUUAGUUGCCAGAGAAGUUAAUGAUAAUGGAGCUGUUGGUCGUGUUUUGGCAACAACUCCCGAUCUUAUUACAGUUGUGGACAGUGACUCUGGGUAUCCCAUUACUACUGAGGAGGUGAAGUAUGGCCUUAGGGUCUCUGUUUUGGUGUUACCAGCUGAUCCCAAGCUACUAACAGAUAAAGCUAUUUCUGUCGUUGGUCCACAAGGAUUUCAAAUGAGUGACAUUGACUACAUUGCACCAGUGUCACUUUUAUAAAUGACACUGGUAGUUUAUGUUACUUUGUUUUUUACAAUUGCUAUUUUUUGAUUAUAUAAAUUGUUAAAGAAGUUAAAAUGUA